UACAACACACAACCACAUCCAAAUCCUUCACUUCGACGUUGAUACCUCAAAAAUAUCAACGGCGAUCCAAGCGGCAGUAUCGUAUCAGCGAUCUGUUCCUUCCACAUCCUCCUCAUACUUUCAUCACUUCCCACGGACGCAGUCCAGAAUCUCAGCAGCGAGAAGAUCCAAGCUUCUUCGGAAGCGCAACACCUCUCCAUCGACGCACGUGGUCAACAUGUCGAAUCGAAACAAGAAUCAGAAGAAGGCUCCGGCGGAAACACCAGCUGGCUUGACAAAGGCAUUGGAAGGUCUUGGUCGCAUUCGUGGCAGCGCAGCUACUCCGCAACCUACAAUGCAACCUUCAAUGCAGCCGUCGGGUGGUAUGACUUUCAAAGACAGGGACGCAAUGGCCAAGGGCGAAGGACAGCAAAACCAUCCUCAAGAAGGCGGUUCUAGCAGUUCCGACACUUCUGGCGGUGGGGUCACUCUGACUAUGGCACCACACAAGCCACCCACCAUCCUUGAAGUCGCAAGUAACUUUCAGGAGCGCUUGAAUACUCUCAUUGCCCAAGUCCAACAAACCAAGCUCUCCCAGACCGUGAAGAAAGAGCUCACCGAGGAGAUCAAGUCCAUUGCCAAAGAGUUUCGUGAUCAUUUCGUGCGAAUCCAACAGGAGAUCAAAUUACUCAAGGAUGACAAGCAACACUACCAACGUCAGCUCGUUGACACUGCUCGGCGUCUAGAUGGCGACCUCGAAGCCUCGCGCAAGGAUAUCGAGAAACUGCGCCUCGAGAUCAAGGAGCUACGGGAACAGGCGAAGCAGGCUGAGGACAACUUGGAGAACGCCAAUCUUCGCUUCAAGGAAGAGACCGAUCAUCUUAACGCGAGACUUCAAAUGCAAGAUGAGCAGAUCAAGGGUAAGCGUGCCCUUUGGUUGGAGUCCAAUUCCGCCUCGGGUGCACGUCGCUCGGCAAUGACUCCGGUUCGAAACCCAUUCGAGUCGCCUUCGGCUCAGUCUAGCUUCAAUAAGGGUUUUGGACAAGGCAUGAUGGGUCACACGCGCUCACCUUCUACUACUACGAGCCCUUAUAACAGCUUCGGCAGCGGAAUUGGCAAUCUCCCAUCACCAAGUCCGGCAAGCACGUCAUUCGGUUCCAACGUUGCUUGGGAUGCAUCUCCUCCCAAGAUGCGCCUUCCAGAUGGAUCAGCUUCCCGCCGUGCUCCUGGCUUGCCGUAUUUAAAGGCUUUACCUGCGGCAGAAUCCCCGAGUGGUAUCAUUAGUAAUUCCGCUGCUCGCCGUAUCGUCACUGAGGCUGGAGAUGUCCCGAUCAAUCCUAACUAUGGAGCCCUUGUUCUGUUCAACGAGAACGCGGAUGAAGAUCUUUCUCCCGUAUUCGAGGCUGAUAUCACUGUGAUCUUGCUCGCCAUUGAAGGCUGGGUAAAGGAAUAUGCACAUGUUCCUAAUCAUGGUGCUAUCCAGAACAUCAUGAUGAAUAACAAGGACCUUUGGGACUACAUGCUGAAUUGCACAUACCCCGGUAACCGUCAGGAUGCCUACAAUCAUACUAUGGCUCUCGUGAAUGAUCGCGGCUGUCGAUACUGGUUCGUUAUGCGCAUGAUCGCCCAUUAUGUGUUCACUGAGAUGUUGUCCAUCGAGGCUUGGCAUGGCUUUGGUAACAACCUCGAUAAGAUCCUAAAAGACGUUGCCAAGCAGCUCGCCGACAAAAAAGGCCUUCUAAAUGACAAGCGCCAGCACUUGGUCGACCGACGAACUACUGCCGUCCAAACCAUUGUGAAUGACCCAAUGUAUAAGGAAUGGCGUUCUAAGCAGCUUCAUGACCAUUCGAGGCGUUUACGCAAUAUGCUGGGACCAAUGCUCAAUAUCGACAGCGACCGAACUGAUGCUGGAAGAGAUCUCGGCACUCUGGCAAUCCAAGUUUGGGACCUGUCAGCGAAGAUGCACACUACUCCCCUGACGUUUCAAAUCUACUUCCCAGAGACAGGUACCAAAUUUGUGGCUGCCCAUAUGAUCGCUAAGGACAGACCCAACAUUGAUCCGGUGUCAAUUCAGGUCAAUCAACCUCGCAUCAAGCUCGUCAUUACUCCCGUUGUAACUCUUCGGGAUGACCAUGGCUCAAAGAUUAAGGCCAAGAAUUUGCACCAUGCAGCUGUCUUGCUGAUGGGUUGAAAUCUAUUCCGCAACGACCAUAGACAGAUCAUUCUCCAUAUCGCGAUCUCGUCGUUAACAACGCAACCACUUUCGUCAAAAACACAUUCACCUUGCAUAUUUCUUCUUCUAUGUCAACAUCAAUAUCAGUCCUUCUGGUCCGGGAUUCCAUCUCGUGGUUUGCAUUCAGUACCCGGUAGAGCUGUCGUUGUUUGGUGAAUCAUUUACUCAUUCGGCGACUGCAAAAUCGAGACUAGUAGGCUGUUACUCAACCAUCGGAAGCCGGCAAAGGAAAAGGGUCUGUCAACAACAGUAUCCAGCUUAUACUUCCCAUCUUUCUUUGCAUCAGGCGUACCUAUUUUCGUUCCUUUGGGGGCGUUUUAAUGUAGCU